AUGAGGGAGCGAGGAUGGGAUACUCUCUUAAACAAGGUAACUUCAUUUUGCACUAAACAUGGUGUUGUUAUUCCCACUAUGGAUUCUCUUUAUGUUCCUCAUGGAAGAUCAAGACGUUUUGUUGAAGAAGCAACAAAUGAACAUCAUUUUCGGGUUGGAAUUUUCUUAAGACUAAUUGAUUUGCAUCUUCAAGAACUUGAUGAACGAUUUAAUGAGAGGAAUAUGGAGUUACUAUUAUGUAUGGCUUGUUUAAGUCCUAAAGAUAACUUCUCAUCCUUUGAUAAAGAUAAGGUACUUAAACUUGCCUCUUUUUAUCCCGAAGAAUUUUCAAGCUUUGAUUUGAUGGCUCUUGAAUAUCAACUUGAUGUAUUCAUGGAGAAUAUGCUAAAUGAUGAAAGAUUUCAAGGUUUAAAUGACCUUAAUUCUCUUUCUAUGAUGCUUGUUAAAACCAAUAAGCAUAAGACUUUUCCUCUUAUUCAUUUGCUUAUCAAGUUGAUGUUGAUUCUUCCCGUUGCCACGGCAAGUGUUGAAAGAGUGUUUUCUGCAAUGACAUGUGUCAAAAACAAGUUGCGAAAUAGCAUGGGUGAUCAACUUAUGAAUGAUUGUUUGGUCACUUUUAUUGAGAAGGAUGUCUUCUUACGAGUUUCCGACGAAAAGAUUAUUGAUCGAUUUCAAAGUAUGAAGACUCGAAGAAUGAACUUGUAA